CCGGUCGAUCGAUGCGCUCGGGUCAGUUGUCCGGUGCGAGCGGUUCGGGCUAGUUUGUGGUUGGUUGGUUUUUGUGCAGAAUUGUGGCAAGUUUUGUGAUAUGAUGGCAGCUACCAGUCGGUUGGGCCUCACCAUCCUUGCGGUGGUUUUAUUUGCCGCGAGUUCUGCAACCGCACUCCGUUGCUACACCUGCAACUCGUACGACAACUCGGAAUGCUUUUCACUGCCGGCCAACUUCACCGAGCAGGAGUACCGGGACAAUCGCACCAUACCCGGACGGCUGCUGGUCGAAUGUCCACCGGACGCUCAGGGCCGUCCACCGCUCUGCAGAAAGAUGGACAUACUCGUAAUCGGUGGCAGCUUACCGGAUCAUGUGCGGGUAGUGCGCGAGUGUGCCUACGAACAUUCCCGCCGUCACUGCUAUAAGAUGGAAAACGGUGGCCACGAGGAACGCGUUUGCCACUGCAACGCUGACGGCUGCAACGGAGGUUCGCCGCUUACGCUUUCGGGAGUGCUGCUUGCUUCCACCGGCCUACUACUACGAUUGAUGCAUCGUUGAUGGUUGUCACGUUCCUGGUACUGUGUUCGUCUACCCCGCCGCCGUAGCCACGCACACAGCUUCCGUAUUCCUUUGUGAUGGAAUAAAUUUGCACCACCACUGCAUAUCUGCCAGAUUGGCGCUCGAUCUCGCAAGGCUGCAGAAUCUAA